UUUGCUCAAAAAAAAAAAAAAGUCGUGUCACAUAUUAGAUACGGAAAAGGGUUCGAGUUCAACUCCAAAGCGCAUCUCAUCAUCGUUUUCAUCUCUCUCUCUGAGGCUUUGGGUUUUACUGUUUCCUCUAAGAUCAGAGCUCUCAUUUUCUGUUUAUGCUUAUUAACUCGCAGUAACAUUCGCCUUUGAAAGUUUUUGCGUUCUUCUGCUCUAUUCCAUAAUUGUAUACUAUGGAGCAAGAAGACGGCAACAAUGGUGCUGAGAAUCCUCCACAAGAGUCUUCUAAUCCUCAAACAUCAGGGAAAGAUGAUAGCAACAAGGUUACAAAUGCUCCCGAAGGGUCUAUUAAACCAGAGUCGAGUGACAAGAAAACUCCAAAACAACUGAAGGCGAAGUCUAAAAUCGGUAAGAAAUCCAAGGCUGGCAAGCUGAAGACUGUGAAUAAAGGCUCUCAACAGAUUGGAGGGAAAACAAAGAAAAAAAACGUAGUUGGAAACAUUGAUGAACUGUCUAAAGAGAAGAGUGAGAAUGCUGAAAAUAACAAAGGAAAGGAAAUUCAAAAUGGGAACUCUAAUGGCAAAAGUCCUAUUGGACAGAGUGAGAAGGCUGAAAAUAGUAAAGAGAAGAAAAUUCAAAAAGAGAGCACUAGCGGCAAAAGUCCUAUCAGAAAGAGCGAGAAGGAUGAAAAUGAUAAAGAAAAGGAAAUUCAAGGGAGCACUAGUCGUAGUGCAAGGAGACGCUGGGUUAGAAGAAACAGGAUGGUAAAUUUGGAUAAGACUGAACAAAAGCCUGAUCAGACUGAACAAAAGCCUGAUAAGACUGAACAAAAGCUGAAGAAUGAAGAGAAUCAUCGAGAGUUAGACAAGGGUGAGAGGAGUAGGAGAAACAAAACAAAACGCAGUGGCAAUGAAAAACCUGAAUCCAGUGAGAAAAAUAGAGAAAAAGUUGGUGGUUUCAUCUUCAUGUGCAAUGCAAAGACAAAACCUGACUGUUUCCGCUAUCGUGUCAUGGCUCUUCCAGUUGGUAAGAAAGAGGUCGUUUUAGGCAUAAAGCCUGGGACUAAGCUUUUUCUUUAUGACUUUGAUCUGAAGCUGUUGUAUGGGAUUUACAAAGCAUCGUCUUCUGGUGGUAUGAAACUCGAGCCCCGAGCUUUCGGCGGUAACUUUCCCGCUCAGGUACGGUUCAGUGUUGCUUCUGAUUGUAUCCCACUGCCCGAGAGCAUUUUCAAGAAUGCCAUCAAAGAAAACUAUAAUGACAAGAACAAGUUCAAAACUGAACUUACUGUUAGACAAGUUAGGAGGCUCACGGCACUUUUCCGACCAGUGGAUAUUCAUUCAGCUGUGAAGCCUGUCCGCUCCGCUCCAAAAGCAAAAACUCGAGACAGGGAGACUCGUGAUGGUGGUAGGGGAUCCCGAUCCCAUUUGCAUAGGGAAAUACCUAAUGUGCUGUCUCAUGAAAGGGGUCGUCGGAGUGAACAGCGAGAGGAAGCUCCUCGAGAUUUAUUUCUUACCGAAAAGAGUUAUCGUGCAUACGGUCUCCUAGGUGUUUCUCAAGCAAAUCCUAUACCCGAUCCUUACGAGAGGGAGCAUGAAAGAGAGCGCCACCAUAACUUGGACCACUCUAUUUACAGGAAAGACAAAAGGGAUUAUGAAAGAGAACGCCACCAUCACUUGGACCACCCUAUUUAUAGGACAGAUGAAAGGGAUUAUGAAAGAGAGCGGCAUCAACACUUGGAGGCCCCUAUUUACAGGAACGAUGCCCCUUCGCGUGGUGCUGAUCCUCUUCGUUUCAUCGAGGAUGAGCGUCAGACCUAUUAUCGGGAUGCUGCUUCUGAUCGUGUGGACGAUCCCUAUCAUCGCUAUCGCUAUGGAGCUUCUCCACGGGAUCCAUAUUUGCCAUCUGUGAGUAGAGAGGAAAGACCUUCAAGGUCUUAUUUGGUUGGGGGAAGAACUGAGAACUUACGAAGGGGAGAGACUACUGCAGAUGGUAGGCUUUAUUCAACCCAUUCUGCUGCUAAUGCUUUGUCUGAAUAUAACCGAAUGCAGCGUUACCAUGGAGCAGAGUUGGAGACUACAACUAUUCCAGUUUCAUCUCGUUACUCUUUCGCCGGUCCUUCAUAUUCAAUUCGCUAAAUCAAACAUGUUGUAGAUUAAAAAAUCCUUUUUGUAUUAUGUUCCUUGAGAUUAUCUUUAUUCUUCAAAUAACUGUAUUAUUCAUCCUGCAUACUUUUUCUUAGGUACCUUAAAAUUGGGAAAGCAUUUUUACUGUGUACUAGAUUUACUGUGAUGCUGACAAUUUUCCAUGCAGACACUACUAGCUUUAGAACUUUUCA